CGGCUGACCAUCAACAACAUCGAGUACCGCAUAGUGGACCGCCUAGGCGAAGGUGGAUUCAGCCACGUCCUGCUGGGCGAAACCCCGCAAAAGACGCACUACGCUAUAAAAAAGAUGGUCUGCCACCGGGGCACAGACGCGCUAGCAAUGGCAAGGCGCGAAAUAGCCGCGUAUGGCAAGUUCCAGCACCCCAAUAUCAUCCGUAUGGUGGACCACAGCAUCAUACAUGAUGGGGGGGAGGAUGGCGAGAGGACCACCGUGUACAUGGUGUUUCCGCUCUACCGCCAGGGCACGCUGCUCGAUGCGGUCCGCCGCAGCCAGGACACAGGGCGGCCACUGGACGAGGACACCCUCGUUCGUCUGUUUCUGGGCGUCUGCGAGGCCGUGCGGCACAUGCACGAGUUCGGGGAGGGAGACGCGGAGACCGCGUAUCGUCGGGGGAGGGAGACGCGGAGACCGCAGACCGCGUAUCGUCGGGGGGAUGCAGCCGCAGAGACCGCGUAUCGUCGGGGGGAUGCAGCCGCAGAGACCGCGUAUCGUCGGGGGGAUGCAGCCGCAGAGACCGCGUAUCGUCGGGGGGAUGCAGAGGCCAAUGCCUCGGGGUACGCGCACCGGGACAUCAAGCUGGCCAACAUCAUGCUGUCCGACGACGGCACCACACCUGUGCUGAUGGACUUUGGCAGCGUUGCGCGAGCGCGCCUCACGGUGCGCGAUCGCUCCGAGGCGCUGCGCAUCCAGGACGAUGCGGCCGAGCAGUGCUCGAUGCUGUACCGCGCGCCGGAGCUCUUCGACGUGCAGCGCGGCUGCUCCCUCGAUGAGCGCACGGAUGUCUGGUCGCUGGGCUGUCUUCUGUUCGCGCUCGCCUGGGGCCACACGCCGUUUGAGCAUCCGCUUGCAGGCGGCGGCGGCGGGCCUGGCGCGUCCAUUGCGCUGGCCGCAAUCAACGCCAACUACACCGUGCCGCGCGAUAGUAUCUAUUCUGGCCGUAUUGCGCGGCUGGUCGCGUUUAUGCUGGAGCCGGACGCGGCCAAGCGGCCGUUUGUUCGCGACGUGGCUGAGCUGGCCAGAAAACUA